AGAUAAAUGAGCUAUUUAUUUAAAAGUGUCGUACUCGUCAAGACCUCUGUUAUCAUUGAGAUGCGUUCCGAACGCAACGUACACACGCGCCGCGCAACGUAUUGUCAGUCGUUUUUACAGACCGAGUUAUUGGAAACAUAAGCCUUCAUUAGCUAUAGUCCGGUACGAACAGUUGGCGCAAACGUGACAAUUGCGCACGAAAAAAAUGAUCGCGAGCACAGAAAAAAAUUGCAUCAACAAUGAACUCGUCAAUUCAAACACGUUACUUACCAACAGUUUACAAAGAGCGACAUGGAUGGAAAAGACGAAGAACGUGUUCAAGAAAAUCAAGUGUUUUUUCCGUGAAACGACCGUGGAGCCCUGUUUGUUUAUGUACAUGCUGUGCACGUCGUUGUCAUCGCUGGUCGUGCAAAACAUGCACUUGGAGAAAUCAUGUAGAGUGAACUUCAAUUUUGGAGAAGACAUAUGCGAUAGGAUCAGGGAUUUAAACACCACGGGUUUGGAGAAUGAAUUAAAUCAGGUGCAGAUAUUGGUAGCGAAUGUGAUAGCAUGGAAAUUCCCUCUGCAGACUGCUAUUCCCGCCGUGAUGGUGCUGUUUGUUGGAGCCUGGAGUGAUAAGUACAAGAAACGAAAAAUAUGCAUAUUAUUUCCAUUCACUGGCGAAAUAGUCACAAAUAUAGGGCUGUUAUUUGCUACACAUUAUUUCAAAGAAAUAUCUUUGAUUGGCACAGCCCUUAUAGAAGCUCUGCCUGCGGCUUUUACAGGCAGUUACAUAAUCAUCUUCAUGGGAAUGUAUAGUUUUAUGGCGGAUAGAACCACGGUGGAGAAUAGGACAUUUCGAUUGGGCAUAGUCACAAUAUUUGUCAGUUUUGGUACUCCUACAGGAACUGUCCUAAGUGGUAUAUUAUUAAGAGCGCUAGGAUACUAUGGAGUGUUUUCUUUAUUAAUCGUUUUGCAUUCUUUAUCAUUUCUCUACGGACUAUUUAGACUAGAAGACAUAGUGAAUGAAGAUGAAAUAACUUCGAAUCAUGAAGUUGCAGAGAGCAGAGUCAAAAGAGUAUUUCGAAGUGUGUUUGAUCUAGUUGGAAGUACAAUUUUAGUCGCUCUUAGGCCAAGAGCUUCGAAUGGAAGGUUUCAGAUUUUUAUAGUUAUUGUUUUAUAUCUUUUGAUGGUGGGACCACUUUACGGUGAUUCACAAGUCAGUUAUUUGUAUGCAAGACGUAAAUUCCAGUUGAAUGAAGUGGAAUAUAGCAUUUAUGGCACCAUAAACAUCCUCCUUGGCUUUGUUGGUACCAUAUUCUGUAUAUCUGUGCUUAGCAAGAUGAUGGCAGUACAAGACAGCACUAUCGGAGGCCUCGCAGGUGUGAGCAGGAUAGCUGCAUGUUUCGUGUUUGCGUUUGCACCGACCAGACCCUGGUAUUAUGCAGCACCGUUAUUCAAUAUCUUCAGUCAUACUGGCCUUACAGCAGUGAGAUCUAUAGCCACUAAAAGCGUACCUACCGAAGAAAUCGCGAAACUUAGUGCUCUAAUUGGGGUGACAGAAGCCAUAGCCCCUUCCAUAUACAUGCCAAUCUCCAGCCACAUCUACAGUAUGACAAUUGAAACGUUUCCUGGCGCUUUUUAUUUGUUCGACGCAACUCUCACAGCUGUAGCACUGGGUUUUUUCGCGGUCAUUUAUUUACUUGUAAGAAGAAGAAUGAGAGAUUUAGUAACAGACCCCAAGAGGAAAGAAGACUUCGCGAGGUCAAAUGAAGUAUCACGUUUUUAGACUAAUGAGUAUCUAUAGGUUAUAAUGUAUCUGAGUGUUUCUCAGAGCGUUUCGACCACUGCGGUCGUGCUGUCAUUACGAUCUGUAAAUUUUCUUGAGGAAGGAAUCCUGAAGGAAUCAAUUCCAAAAUCAGUCUACACUAUUAUUAUAAAGAGGUACGAAACUACCGAACCGAUUUCAAAAAUUAUUUCACCAUUAGAAAGGUACAUUAUCCAAGAUUGCUAUAGGCUAUAUGUGACUCAAAAUUCCCACGGAAGAGAAGCCCUGGGUAACAUCUAGUCAUUCAUAAAAUUGACAUUGCCACAGUAUAGUUUAAUUAUUUAAAAGUUAGGUAAGUUGUAUUUCUUUUCUACAGAAAUAGUUUUUUAAUUUUAAUCACAAGAUAUUAUUAACAAUAAAAGCACAAAAUUAUGUUAAUUUUAACUAAAAACUAUUAACUUACAAAUAACAUAUGGUAAAAUAAAUUCUUGUCUUUGUUAAAAUUGGAAAAAUUGUAAUGAUAGCGCUGCAGCAGCAGUCGAAACACUCUCCGCUCCACCCAUCUGUUAUUUGUAUUAUGUUAGCCAAAGUUACCAAAAUCAGGGCGGUAUUUUAAAGAUGAGAUGUUUGUAUUAAAGUACAGCUAAUCGCAUGUCAAGUAACCUUUCAUGGACAUCUAUGCGGUGGUGAUAUAGUGAAUUGGCGAUUAAUUUGGAUAAGUGGAUGUGGUGUCGAGUGUACCUACAUGUGAAAAUGUAUUCUAUUUUAAUUUAAUUCCAUGUAUACAUGAAUCUCACGAUGUAUACCUCUAGUUAAUUUUUUUUCUACAUUAUCCUUAUUAAAUUAUUGUACCGCCCGGCGUGUCCUACGACCACUGAAGGACCUGCAAGAGGCCACAGAAAGUGCUGGCGUUGUAUUGGUCCUCACAAAUUUAGCCGAGUCGAUACGCUAAGGAUGGUUACGUUAAUUUUUCAAAUUUGAAUGAUGCAAUUUACUAGUGUAGGUUACACCAUCAACAUUGACGUCAACGUUAACGUGCGCAGAAGAACGCAAAGUACGCCAUUUUGUCUAAACAUCAGCGGCACGCCGAUAAAAAUCAACGUCAAAUUUGACGGUUGAACUCACCCUAAAGAGAAGUUAUAUCAUUGUUAAAUACGCACAUUUUGCCUACUAAUAAUAAAGAUAUCUUAUGUUCACUGCUCCAUAAUUAUUUGCGUAAAAUCACAGUUUUAUUUUAAUAAAAUUUAUCAUAACAAAACAUUGAAAUAUGCAUAAUGAUGUUCUUUAAAGGAAUUCAUCAAUAAUAGUUUAAAUUUUCAUUUCGUCUCGGCUUCGCUCGGGUAAAACAUAAUACAUUAUACAUCUAAACUUUCUUCUUAAGGAAUCACACUAGGUAAGUAUGUAUUGGUAAAAACGGCAUUAAAGUUUGUGCAGUUAUUUUUGAGAUUAUCGUGUCGCAGGCAUAUAAGUAUCUAAGUUUGUAUGCUUUUAAAGAACACUCUAUGAACCAUUGGACAUCGCUUUCUGUACCACAAUGAGACUGAUUUUGCCAUAUUUACACUUAAUUGAAAUGUAGAUUAUUUUGUAGAUAGUAUCUUUAUGAUGUAUUGUACUGAUACAUAUUCUGUAAGUUACCAUUUUGAUAAACAGUUGAUACCCGAAAAAAUGUUACUGAUGAAAGAGAAUAAAAUAUAUUACCAUCUCA